GCAGGUUGCCAUGGAUAUCACCACCAAGUAUUGCCAUAAGGAGAUGGAGAGCUAUGGGCAGUGUGUGGCCUCCCACCCGUCUACAUGGCAACGGCACUGUCAAGACCUGAAGAUGAAGGUGGCACAGUGUACCUCUUCACAGUAAGGAAUAAACCAUUGUCCCUGACAAUAUCAGUUGUGAAAUCCAUAACCUAUUUAGCUAACGUUUCACUCCUUGUACUCCGUGUCAUUGUUUUGCAUGAUAAGGAGUUGAAUGAAAGCAGCAACAGACUGGUAGUACCCAGACUAUAACUGACUGGCCUUGAUGGUCAUAUGUAAACUCGGUACAGAGCAGAGUGGGCCUCUCUUGGAGUCUGGUUCCUCUCUAGGUUUCUUCCUAUUUUGACAGUUGGAAACAGGGGAGACAGGCAAGUAGGAGAACAGUAGGAAGGGUGGAGGUGGGGAAUGAACCCCGGUCUCCAGUGGGGAACAGUAUAUGUGACUAGUCGGGAGCAUUAACGCUAGACCACAGGCUUUGCACAGGUUUUCUCCUUCUAGGCCCUAUUCCUUCCACUGUGCUGCUGCUUGUACUUUGAGGGUCUAGGUUGGGUUACUGUAAAGAACUAUUGAUGUGAAAAUAAUUCCGAUGCAAGAAGUCAAACCAGUGAUGUUGUGAGGUGUAGGAUUGUGUUUAAGUUUUCUUCAAGAUCUUAUUGAUCAAUGUUUCUGCAGCCCUGUGAUCCAGAAGAUCCGGACAGACUGUUCCAAAGAAUUCACAGAGUUUGAACGCUGCUUACUAGAGAACCAGAACUCACCUACCUCCUGUUCAGCACACGUAGCACGCUUCCUCGGCUGUGCCGAGACAGUGGACCUUUCCGGAGUGGGUGAGUGUUCACUGAUUGUAGAUCAGUCUUCAGCUCGUUCACCACAGCCCUCACUUUUUUUUGUGGUUAUACUAACUUUUGACUGGUGUCCCUUGGCCUUGAGAGAGUGCUUUACAUCAGUUUCUUUCAUAUUCGGUCUUCAAGUACCCCCAAAAGUAAACAUUAAAUAAAUAUCUUAUUACGUGGUAUAAACUGGGUCUUUCUGUCCUUAGUAUUCAUACCUGUCCAGUGUCCGUACACCAUACUGUAUUUGUUUUGACCUUUUUGACAAUCUCAGUUAACCCAGGACUAAAAUCUUGCGUAAUUUGGUAAUUUAUGUUUACGUAAUCUGUUUUCGAGAGAUUACCUUUUUGAAUACUUAGUGUUGUAGUUUAAGUGAAUAUAUCUCCUCUUUCAGCAGUGAACCCGGUUCCUCAUCCCUGUUAGGACCCAGCAGUGACCAUCAUCCAUCCCUCUCAGAGAAGAUAUCUCCUUCCUGCAAUACUGACGCCGGACUGCUCUAUCAAUCAUGGAUAAAUCAAUGCCCAUGGCAUUUUGAUAACAUCCUGACUUUGUACAUGGAUAAAGUGGACUCUUGUCCAUGGCUACUUUAGGAUUUGUCAAGAGAACUCGGAAUACUAGACAUUAACAAGUUACUGGGACUGAGACUGUCAAGAAUCAAGAUGGGUUUCUAAAAAUUAAAAUUUUUUUAUUUUUUAUUUUUUUAAAUAAUAUAUAAAAUACAUGUAUGCACUCACUAACUGUAAAUGACUAAAAUGUAAAUAUGUCAUUUCUUGAAGUUCUAUAA